AAAUUAUAACUGGUAACAUUCCUAGACUAUCCUUCAAUUUAAAAAAAAAAAAUUAAUUUAAUAAACUUAAUGUCAUUAAAGUAAAUUAAAUUUAUUUUUAAUUUUUUUUUUUUUUUUUUUUUCUUUUACAAGUGUUGAAUUUAAUUUGUGAUGAAAAUAAUUUAAUAAUUAUAUAUUAAAUUAAGAAAAAAAUGCAAUUUAUUUUAUGCUAUUUAAAUAAUUAAUUUUUAUUAUUUAAAAUUAUAAAUAAUUAAUUGAUAAUUAUUUAACCGGUUAAUACCGGUUAUAAAUAAAAUUAAAAACGGAUUCACACGAUACACUUGGUGAGGAUUUCUUCGUUGCGGCGAUGAAUCUUAAAGAAGAGGAUGAUAAUACAAAUGAAACAAGACAAUUAUAUUUAGUUGAUACACCAAGAGAUCCACUAGUAUCAGCUGGUUCAAUUGUUGAUACAACAAAUGAUGAUAUUAAUCAAAAUAAUGAUUUACAAACAAGUGCACUUGCUGGUCUGAUGGCUGGACAAUCAUCGUCUGUUUGCUUUCCAACAAAAUUCACAUAUGAUUUUUCACCAAGUCCAGGUAGUGAAGAACGUCAAAUAAGUGUUGGUAAACGUAAACAAAGACGUUAUCGUACAACAUUUACUAAUUUUCAACUUGAAGAAUUAGAACGUGCAUUUCAAAAAACUCAUUAUCCAGAUGUUUUUUUUCGUGAAGAACUUGCAUUAAGAAUUCAAUUAACUGAAGCAAGAGUUCAGGUAUGGUUUCAAAAUAGAAGAGCUAAAUGGAGAAAACAAGAAAAACAAUGUAAAAUUGGUGGUCAAAUGAGUGGAUCAUUGAGUCAAGUUGAGUGUCAAGAAAUUCAGCAGCAACAGCAACAGCAGCAGCAUCAUCAUCAUCAAAUUCAUCAACAGCAAUCUCAUCAUCAUCAUCAGCAACAACAACAACAACAGCAACAGCAGCAGCAGCAACAACAACAGCAGCAACAGCAACAGCAACAACAAAAUAAUGAUCAUCUUAUUUUGGAGACACCACUUGGUAGUCCACCUCCAAUUUAUCUUGGAAUGGAAUGGACAGGCUUUACACCAUAUGGAAGUGUACCAAUCACCUCGUCUCUUAUUCUCAAUGGCAUACAAAAAACAAAUGACAAUGAUGAUAAUUCCCUACUUGAUCCAGAUCUAUUGCAGCUCAAAGCUCCUCGUUCAUAGUCUCAUUGAAAAAAUCAAAUAAAUAAGUAAUAAAAUUAUAAUAAGCAAUUAAUAACAAAAAAAAAAUAGUGCCUUGAAUAAAAUAGUAACGUCAUCUUUA